AUGGGCGGAAGGGUUGAAAAUGUGGGCAUACUUGCCAUGGAAAUAUAUUUCCCUUCGCAAUACGUGGAACAAACAGAAUUAGAAAAAUUCGACGAAGUGUCUACCGGCAAGUAUACAAUUGGACUUGGACAGAAUAGAAUGGGCUUUUGCUCAGACAGAGAAGAUAUUAACUCGAUUUGUAUGACGGCGCUACACAGGUUAAUAGAGAAAAAUAAUAUCAACCUUCAUGAUAUUGGACGCAUGGAAGUUGGAACUGAGACUAUUAUUGAUAAGAGUAAAAGUGUGAAGACCUACCUCAUGACCUUAUUUGCUAAGGAGGGAGCAACAGAUAUUGAGGGCAUUGAUACGACAAAUGCCUGCUAUGGUGGUACCGCAGCUCUUUUUAAUGCAGUGAAUUGGGUGGAAUCUUCAUCAUGGGAUGGUAGGAAGGCUAUUGUAGUAGCAGGAGACAUUGCUGUGUAUGGCAAAGGGCCUGCACGCCCCACAGGUGGGGCAGGAGCAGUUGCCAUGCUUAUUGGUCCAGAUGCUCCAUUAAGUUUAGACUGUGGUGUCCGUGCCUCUUAUAUGACUCAUGCAUAUGACUUUUAUAAACCAGAUUUGGCAUCGGAGUUUCCUUUUGUUGAUGGAAAGCUGACAAUCAAAUGCUACCUUAGUGCUUUAGAUAAUUGUUAUAAUUUAUUUUGUAAGAAGAUGCAGAGGGUUGACCCUGACUUUAAGGGCCUUCUGAGCUUAGAUGGCAUGCUGUUCCAUACUCCAUACAGUAAAUUAGUACAGAAAUCACUAGCAAGACUGUGUUUCAAUGACUUUCUUAAUGCAUCACCUGAGCAGAGAAUAAAGCAGUUUCCUGGAUUAUCAAAUUUCAGCUCUUAUAAGUUAGAAGAAACAUACUUUGAUAGAGAUGUGGAGAAGGCAUUCAUGAAGUAUAGUGAAGAGUUAUUUGAAGAGAAGACAAAACCGUCAUUGUAUAUAGCCAAAAAUGUAGGAAAUAUGUAUACUCCAUCAUUAUAUGGUGGGCUUGCGUCUUACCUCAUUAGUAAAUCUCCAGAGCAGCUGAUUGGAAAGAAGUUUGCACUGUUCUCAUAUGGAUCUGGGUUAGCUUCUACUAUGUAUUCCAUUAAUAUUUGCAAGGACAUGAGUGUGGGAUCUAAGCUAGAACGAAUUAUAAGCUCUCUGCAUGACUCUGUGUCCUUGUUAGAUAAGAGACAGUGCAUUGAACCUGGUAAGUUUUCAGAGAUCAUGGAUGUGAGGACAAAGAAUUAUCACACUGCACCUUAUCAGCCAUCAGGUUCAAUAGACACAUUAUUUAAUGGUACAUAUUACCUCAUCGAAAUUGAUGAUCAGAGAAGACGUAGUUACAAUCGGAAGGUUUAA